AUGUUGGUCUCUUGCGUGGUCAUUGAGAGAGCCGACUUGUUUUACUCACACGCAAGCACACGUGACCAUGGCGUGAUGCACAACAUAAUCCGCAGUGGCAAUAGCGGGCACGGCUCCCUUGUGAUAGUUACCUUGCAAAGUGAAGUCAACUUAUUUGAAUAAAGGGGGUAAGUAAGAAACUGUAUUACAGGCAAUAACAGCAUCAUCCGACGAGCCUAAGAUCUGGAAACGCUGCGUGGACGAUACCUUUACCAUCCUGGAUCACGAAAACGUGGAUGACUUCUUAUAGCAUCUUAACAACCAGCAGCCUUCCAUCCGCUUCACCAUGGAGACAGAGAAAGACAAAAAAUUCGCCUUCCUAGAAACCGCAGUUUCAAGAGAACCUAACGGCCGCCUCACCAUCAGCGUAUACAGGAAGCCCACACACACACACCGAUCAAUACCUAGCGUAUGAUCCACACCACCCUCAAUCAGUAAAACGCGGUAUUGUUAAGUCCCUUUACGAGCGCGCCAAACGUCUCGUAACAAAACCCUCUGUUAUCUCCAAGGACAAAAAGCAUCUGUCUUCUGUUCUAGGUUAUCCUUUUUCUUUCUUGCAGAAAAUUACCAUGACCGGAAAACCAAACAGCAGUGCCGAACCCGCCAACGAGUUCAAAGGUACUGCGGUUUUACCUCAUGUCAAAGGUCUGUCCGAACAGCUUCGCCGUUGCCUACAACAACAAGGCGUACGCGUUAUUUUCAAGUCGGAGACUAUGCUAAGAUCUCAGCUAAUACGACCAAAAGACGCUGUCGACCCGGCUAAACAGGAUGGCGUAGUUUACAGGAUUCCCUAUGAAUGCGGCGAGGUUUCCAUCGGAGACACUGGAAGACCUAUGCAAGACAGAAUUAAGGAGCACGAUCGAGACAUCCGACUCGCCCGUGCCGAGACCUACGCCGUUUAA